AUGAAUAUAUCCAUUGCUAAUGUGACAGGAGUUCCAGAUUAUCGGGAUUCCUUCACCAAGGCUGUGAUUAAGAAUAUUAUUGUUGUGGUUCUUAGCAUUUCCAUCAACUACAUCAAUGCUGGACUCAUUCAUACUUUCUGUGGAAACCAGAUCUUCAACACAAAUCCCCGGUACAUCCUGUUUGUUCACUUGGUGAUCAAUGACAUGAUCCAAGUAACGCUGACUGUUGCACUGUUCAUCAUUAGCUACAUCCUCUACAAGAUCCAUGUAUUUGUCUGUUGCAUCUUAAUCCUGAUUGCCCUCUUCACCACUGAAAACACCCCGCUGAACCUGGCCUGCAUGGCAGUGGAGUGCUACAUCGCCAUCUGCAUCCCUCUACGCCACUCUCAGAUCUGCACGAUCAAGAGAACGAGGCUGCUGAUUUCUUUAAUCUGGAUCACCAGCUUGGUGUCUGUUCUCCCUGAUCUCUUCAUUACCUUGGCCACAGAGCCACUGGACUAUUUUAAUACACAAGUGUUUUGCCUGAGGGAAACUGCUUUUCGAAGUCCCAGAAUUAUAGAGAGAAGAAAUAUUACCUAUAUUGUAUAUCUGGUUAUAGUUUGGUGCAUUAUUUUUUUCAUUUAUAUCCGCAUACUAUUUAUGGCAAGAAUAGCAAAUAGACAUGCUAAAAAGGCAAGGAACACGGUCCUCCUUCAUGGGAUUCAGCUUCUUUUGUGUAUGGCAACAUAUGCAGAACACCUGGUGAAACAGGCUGUGUUGCAAUGGCUUCCUAAGUAUUACUCAGAUUCUCUGUUUGUUUGUUAUAUAAUUUUCCAAAUACUACCAAGAUCUAUUAGUUCACUUAUCUAUGGCAUAAGGGACAAAACCUUCAGGAAACACCUAAAAAGGUAUUUAUUAUGUAAGGUGAUCCCACAGUGA